CGAAGAAUCAGGAUUGGAACGACAGUCCCGUGAAAAUGGUCGGGGAAGGGGAGUGGGCGGAGGGGGGUGAAGAAGGUGGGAAGAGUGAUAAACUUGAUGUUCCAGGAGUAGACCACCAUGCGGGAGGAGGUGUUGUAAACAAUAAGAACACCGGCACCGGGACGUCCUCUUCGAACGCAAGUAGCAGCUCCAGUGACAACGAAUUGGACGAACUGGCCCCGGACAUGCCGAAGCAGUGGCGGACUUUCGUGCAGCGCGCGACGAAAGAUGUGGAGCUUUCGGAAGACAAUAUCUCCGACGAAGACGCCCGGGCCGUGAUCGCGCAGGAGAAGGCGGACAGACUGCGCGCAAAAAAGAGGAAGAAGGGCAUCGAGACGCCACCGCCAGAGGAAGCAGCUGCCGAGCAGCCAGUAGCACCCGUUGACGAUCAAUCCACUUUGCAGCAAAUAAACGUCGGGGCGGGCCCACCGACACUAAAACCCUUGCAGCUUCCGAUAGGAACGCCCUCGAAUGUUGGCAACCUGGUCGCGCCACUGGUCUCAGGAGUGAGAGCAGCGACCAACCUCCCUGGCGCGGCGGUAACCUCCGGCGGGCAGCAGCUCCACCAGCAUGGCGGUGGUAUGAUACCACCGCUGCUGCCAACAUCAAAUUUGCUGCCAUUUGGUACAGCUACGUUAAUGCCUAACCUAGCCGGAACGAUGCAGAUGGGUGGAAGUACUAGCAGCAGUAGUACUAAGGGCAGUGGUUUCAAUAUUCCGAACGGUAAUAUGCCAAACAACAUGGUCCUGCCAGGGGGCAGUGGCGCCGCGACACAAGUACAAAUGGCCGCGCAGCAGAAAUCGUUAAUGGACCAGAUAGCUGCACAGCAGUCGCAGUUGCUGAAACAGCUUAUGGGCAACAAGCAAGGAGGAGGUGCAGGUCCUCCGGGCAUCACUGCGGUUGGCGGCACCGACGGAAGUGUCUCGAAGCCGAGUUACUGGUGGUGCGGAAACUGCAACUACAUUUAUCAAAUGUAAAAAUGUCUGGGUCUGGAAGAUUCUGAGACUUGUCAUGCAUGUUUUGUAUUGGCCAUGAUGUCUGUGAUGCAUGCCCUAGCACCACAGAUUUUUUGAGGGCUUCGCGAUGCCUAUUCCGCAUGACAAAUGCCCUCUCCGCGUAGCAAAAAUUGCGUUCCCUUUGCUACUCAUGCAAUACAGAUUUUUUUGGAAUCCAAAUUCAGCAUCACAAGUUGCAUUCUUCCAGACCCAGACAUUUUUACAUUUGAUAUCAUUGUCUACCACACCAUUCACCCCGACCACUGGCACGGCACCCACUGUAUGGAUUGUAAAAAUGUCUGGGUCUGGAAGCUUGGAACUUGUAAUGCUAGCUUUCCAUACCUAGAAAAUCUGUAUUGCAUAACUAACAAAAGUCGCAGCCUCUUUUGUCAUGCAAAAACGCAGUUUCUCAUGCGGAUUGCCUAUGAGAAAGCGUUUUGGGAAGUUGUCAUGCCGGACUGCAUUCGGAAGUGUUUUCAUCAUGCACAUUUUAGCAUCACAAGUUUCCAGACCCAGACAUUUUUGCAGUUCAUACACUGCAGUAAAUGCCAAACCCCGCGUGAGGAGGUAGAGGCCAUGAUACCGCCCCAACGGCGAGAAACCGCGGAAAGAAACCUCUGGCAAGAGUGGAAAACGCCGCAUAGGACCUUCCGGAAUCCUCCGUGGUUGCGAAAGUACGUGCCUCCCGGGAGCGCUGGGUCGACGUCGUCCCAGCAAGGGGUAUCAAAUACCAGUGCCGGAGCUCCUCCGAUGAACCCCAAUAUGUUCACCUCCCAACAAAAUCGGAACUACGACUUGGCGCAGUUUAAUAGUAACACCGGCAACAUGAACAUCAACCCCUCUUCCGGUGGCUCAUUUCAUUCUGUCGGAGAUCGUGCAGGAGCAAUUGGCAAACACUUUGGAGGUCCAACAUCUCAACAAGCAGCGAUGAACAACUUCCAGCAACAGCAGCCUAAUCAGUACGACAGCAACAAUGUAGUUCCUACUUCCCAAAGAAACCCAAACGCCGGCGCCCCUUUUUCUCAACAACAUCUUCCCUACGACACCAACACCAGUGCUGCACUGGACGCGGGCCAUAGACUGUCACAGGAUCAUUUCCAAGACAUUUCGCCGAUCCCUCCCCCACCCCCGGAGGAGGGCGUAUGCACUGCAAAUAUGUCCGGGUCUGGGAGGAUGCAGCUUUUCAUGCUAAAUCUGGAUCAUGUAAAUAUUUGUGUUGCAUGAUUACCAAAAGCUGUCCAUUUUUGACCAAGUUGGGAGUGAGUUUCUCAUGCAGGAGAGGCAUGGUAGAGAUCUCACAGAAUCUGUCAUGCUAGAUCCCGCAUUGCAGACCUGAUGCGUCAUGUUGAACCUGCAUGAGAAGUCCUAUAAUCUUCCAGACCUAGACAUAUUUGCAUUGGAUAGGACGACGACGGGGACAAUCACGAACUCUCGCAGGACAUGGAGAUUAGCGAGGCAGUAGUAGAUAUCAAAUGUAAAAAUGUCUGGGUCUGGAAGAGUCAUGCUGUUUUUGCAUGACACAGCAGGUCUGGCAUGGAAGCUCUAGCAUCACAGGUUUCGAAAAGCUUCCGCAAUGCUGAACCCGCAUGAGAAAUCCCCCAUUUUGGUGACAGAAAGCGGGCAGCUUUUGCUACCUAUGCAUGAGAGAUUUUUCUGUGUUCUAGAAUGCGCAUCACAAGUUCAGAUCCUUCCAGACCCGGACAUUUUUGCGAUUCAUAGUAGAGAAAAAGCCCGACGAAGAACCCGACCGCGCUCUCCCUAUCGACCCCGACCUCCCGGAGGAGUGCCAGAUGUCGUACUGGCUGAAGAAAGGCGACCUGGCUCUGCCCCAGGAGCAGGACACCCUGCAGGAGGUGAUCGAGAAAAACGACAACCGGGACGUCCAACUUUUAUUCAAAAGCGCCAGUCCCAAGGCGGGAGCGAUGCCAAAGAGUGCAGCUGGGCCGCUUUCCUACUCCGCGACGUCGAGAGACUCCUACGUCCCGCCACCGCCGCCACCUCCGCCCGUGGAGGAAAAUAAUAGUACCGGGGCUGAGAUGUUUGACCCCAGUGCGCCACCCGCGGUCUCCUCCUCGGAGAAUAAGGUACAUGGUGGGGCUUCACAAAUAAUCGUGAUUUUGUUUUUUUUUUCUGGAAGUUUUACAUGACAGACUACACGUAGAAGUGCUUUUCGAGUUUUUUCUUCUACCUAGCUGCAGUUAUGGUACAGCAACUUCUACAGGAACCACUACUGUAAAAAUUCGCUCUACAAGCAUAAUUACACAAGACCCCAGUCGAUUGAAACGUUUAAAACAUCAUCACGACACUGACACUCGUACAAAACAUAUAAACAGAUGGAGAAUAAAGAAGCUUUAUUUCCCAAGUCUGCGGGCAUGAAACCAUCUUCUGCUUCGACCAGUAAUUUUCCUCACGAAGAUGAUCUUCGACGCAGAGGUCAGACGAAUAACAGAAUGCCACAAAAACUACCUCCUGGAACCAGAGGAGGACCUCCUAGCCGCCGCGCAGAGCAUUCGAGGGACAGGAAAAAGCACUCCCGUGGUCCUCGGCGGGACCAUUCCCGCGGGGCAGGACGCCGGGCAGUGGUACCACCAGCAGCGCGGAACAACAGCGACCGAGGGUCGUCGUACUACGAGCGGGGGCCCUUUGACAGCGACCGCCCGGGUGUGAGGCGAGACAAGAACCGGGAUAAUUUUUACGACCGCGGAGAAGCAGUUCAUCCGGCGGGCAGAAAUCAGCAACGGGGGCGCGACCACCAGUACGAUCGGGAGCGACGGUACUAGAGAACUUAAAAAUGCUCUCUUCCUUCCUUCGCGAUGAAAAAGAGAAUCCAAAUCGUGCUUUAUUGUCCAGCGAGGGUUCUUGUAUACAAGAAGCGCAGGUAGUUCAUGGCUGGUUGGAUGAAAGAAGCCUUAAUUCGUCGAUCGCGCACAACCAUAUUGAAAUUUCUGUAACCUACUCAAUGGCGGUAGAAGUAGAUGUACUAGUUCAAAUAUUAGUAUUAGUCAAAACUCCUGCAACAUCUACACACUACUACAACUGCUCAGGCGUGGAACUAGUGCUUCCGACGCUUCCCGCGGCCGGGAUCGUGGUCACGCCCCGGACGCCCGCCGCGAUCGGGACCGAACGAGGACACCGCAACUAGAGAUGAUAUCAAAUGCAAAAAUGUCUGGGUCUGGAAGAGUCGGGACUUGUCAUGCACAUUUUGCAUGACCCGUGAGGUCUGUGAUGCUGGUGCUAGCAUCACAGAUUUUUUGAGAGCUUCUUGAUGCUAAUUACGCAUGAGAAAUUCCCUCUGCGCGUGCCAAGAACUGACUCCUCUUGCUGCUCAUGCAACACAGAUAUUUUUAGAAUCCGCAGACAGCAUUACAAGUUGCAUUCUUCCAGACCCAGACAUUUUUACAUUUGAUAGACGACGAACCCAAGCAACUACGGUACUAAACCGCAGAAGCCGCGCGACUAUCAAAUGUAAAAAUGUCUGGGUCUGGAAGAAUGCGCGAUUUGUCAUGCUUCUCUGGCAUGACUCUUAAAUCUGCCAUGCAGGUUACCCAAGAGCCCCACUUUCCUAUCAUGCAAAAACGCAGUUUGUCAUGCAGAAUAGGCAACACCUAGAUGCUCAGAAACUUGUCAUGCUGAGCCAGCACUUAUGGCUUCCUCAUGAUACGCCACCCAGCAUCACAAGUUUCCAGACCCAGACAUUUUUACAUUUGAUAGUGACUACAAUACUACCAUGAGCUGCCUGCCCGACCGGUCCGACCGGCAUCAGGUCGAAGCCGAGUUUAAGAAGCACAUCCAGCGGCGCUUCCACGCGGACAGCCGAAAGCGGCAGCAGGAGCAGCGAACAGAGGCGUGGGGUGAGAACAAAGCGCGCAGAAUUUUGGCAGUAACCAGGGACCGAUUUUACGGCGUUGCGAACAGCAGUAGCGCCGGCAAGGUCAAAAGUGAUGUUGAAGAUGACCUGGAGCUUGAGAGAAAAAAUCUUGGCGCACGGUACCGCGGCCCGAUCGAGGAUUAUCUCAGUCCGGGAAAUGCUGAUGGAAACAAGAACAACGAGCCCUCCUCCUCCUCCAGCGGCACGCCGGCCAUUGGGAAGUUGCAGGAGCUGAAAAAUAUGAAAGAGGCGAGGGAAAAGAUUAAGGAGGCGAUGAUGUUGAAAGCGAAAAAGCGAUCACGGGAUAUCCUGUGCAAAAGUAUCGUAUUCGUAGUAAUCGUAGUCAUGCAUUACAAAUCUCCUUAGCGACUUAAAUCCGCAUUACAAAUUUCAUUUUUCAUGCUGAGAGAAUUUGUCAUGCGAUUUCUACUAGUACGGUACCUUUGCAAUUCAUGCGGGAAGAAAUGGAGGAAGAUGAGGAAGAUCGACAUCCGUCCUUACCUAUCAACUGUAAAAAUGUCUGGGUCUGGAACAUUCCGACACUUGUCAUGCACGUUUUGCAUGAGCCCUGAUGUCUGUGAUGCAUGCCCUAGCAUCACAGAUUUUUUCGGAGCUUCUUGAUGCCUAUUCCGCAUGACAAAUGCCCUCUCCGCGUUGCAUAAAUUUCUUUUCUUUUGGUACUCAUGCAAUACAGAUUUUUCUGGAAUCCAAAUGCAGCAUGACAAGUUGCAUUCUUCCAGACCCAGACAUUUUUACAUUUGAUAUUACCCAAGCGGCGCAGUGGCGGAAGUAAAAAUAGUUCCCGCAAAAGCAAGAAGUCCAAGUCGCCCGCCGGGAGAAGCAGCAAAAAAGCAAGUAAGAAGAGCAAACACGAAGUAGAUGAGGACCACGUGAAUUCUCACGAGGGUCCUCCCGGGGAGCCAAGCGAUCAGGAACAACUACACGGUUCGAAAGACCACAGGGGGAAGAAAAAGAAGAAAAGCAAAAUCGAGAACAGCCGUGACAGCAACGACAACAAAAUGAUUGAUGAGAACGAAGACAAUAUUACCGCUGCAAAGAAAAUGAAAAAGAAAUUAAAGAAGGAGAAAAAGCAGAGAAAGCUUCAGAACUGUGCCAACGAUUUUUCCCUACAAGAAGACGAAAACCACGGGCCGCGAAGCGGUUCGUCCUCAAGUUCUUCCUUUCACGUUAUGCAUUGCAAAUAUGUCUGGGUCUGGAAGGUUGCAACUUGUCAUGCUAAUUUUGGAUGGGGCAAAUAUCUGUGUUGCAUGAUUACCAAAAGCUGGCCACUUUUGGCCAAGCUGACAUGGAGUUUUUCAUGCAGACGAGGCAUGAUAGAGGUCAGACACAAUCUGUCAUGCUGGGUCAUGUAUGACAGAACUCACGUGUCAUGGAAAACCUGCAUGACAAGUCUUCCAACCUUACAGACCCAGACAUAUUUGCAUUUGAUACACGUCCAAGCGGAGCAACUUACCCCGAGGAGUAGCAGCAGUCACCACGACGUCGGGUCUUUUCGUCCGGUAGCGGCAAAAAAUACUAGUGGGCAGUUUGCAAUCCCCCCGGCUCCGCCCCUCGUCAUCGCGGGGAGCGGAUCAUCGGUGCACCAGCAGCAGCAGCCAAUGCUGCAACCUCGGAAAGACGCGGAUUUCCGGCCGCCAGUGCCACCCGCCGGGUUUUCCACCAUGCGGACGAACGGCGCGACGACCUACGGAAAUUUGGAAUUGAAGCCAAACCCCAUGUACAGCUUUGACCACGAGCAGCAGCAGCCAGGGUCCUCGUCGGGACGGAAUGGCGCCCUGCAGGGUUCUAUGGAUUGCAAAAAUGUCUGGAUCUGGAAGAUUGCAACUUGUCAUGCUAAAUCCGAAUCAUGCAAAAAUCUGUGUUGCAUGAGUGCCAAAAGCUGUCCACUUUCGACCAAGCUGGGAUGAAGUUUCUCAUGCAGGAUAGGCAUGAAAGAGACCUCACAGACUCUGUCAUGCUAGGUCUCGCAUUCCAGACCUCAAGGGUCAUGGAAAACCCGCAUGACAAGUUUACACUCUUCCAGACCCAGACAUUUUUGCAUUUCAUAGGUUCUUCGUUUCAAAAGGCAGCGCUGGUUUCAAGGGAAGAAGUUUUGCAGCGGGAACAGCAGCAACAGUCGACGGUACUAUAACCAGUUUUGAUUUUUCAAAAAAUGAAAUCCGUGUAACGAACAGCAUCAUGCAUGAGACGAGAACAUUUGCCUGUGAUGUUGCAAUACAAAUCUGCUACCUCAACCAAAUCAAUACAGGUCCUCGUGAAGGAGGCGCGAUCCAAGGCGCCGGUAUUACUACCGCCGCCAAAGGAUGUUUUGAGCUCUUCCGAAAGCGAGAAAGAGGGCAAGCCGGAUAUUCAGAAGGAAACGGAGGUUGCCCGGCAAGCUGUGGAUUACGAGGAUUUGUGA